AACCUUUAUUCAUCGGCUUUGUUGCCAGUGGGACAGCUUAGCAGGUGGAGCCCGCACACACUGUAACCUGGAAGGACUGGAGACGUCUGUCAGCCGGGAGAUUUGCUGACAUGCGUCUCACAGCGUUUGUCGCCAUGGCCUCCCAGGUGAUCAAGUUGCCUCGUGAUUACCGGUUUGGCACAAGCCGGCCGUCUACAAUAGCAGCUAAGAAGAAAAACCCUCCAGGCAAAAGAAGGUCCAAAAUAUUUGUGGAGCCCAUCACAAAGGAUGAAUGGCAAUAUUUCCGUGGGGAUACAGUAGAAGUCCUCAGCGGCAAAGAUGCUGGGAAACAGGGGAAGGUGACGCAAGUUGUCCGGGAAAGAAACUGGGUUGUGGUGGAGAAUCUGAAUACGCAUUACCGCUACGUUGGUAAGUCGGCUGACUAUAUGGGGCAGUACGUGGCCAGCGAGGCUCCCCUCCUAAUAAACAACGUGGCAUUGGUUGAUCCUACAGACAGGAAGCCUACAGAAGUGGAGUGGCGAUACACAGAAGAGGGGGAGCGGGUGAGAGUGUCCGUGAGAACCGGCCGCAUCAUUAACAAACCUGUAUUCCAGAGACUUGAUGGGAUAGUCCCUGAGCAGUGGAAAGACUGUCCCAAAGACACCUCUGUAGAAGACGCCCUGGAGAUGACCUACGUCCCCUCGCUUAAACUCUUUCAAGAGGAAAUCAUGGAAAAAAUGGGCAUUGUAGAGGACAGGCGCCACAGGAAAUCCUUCUGGUACUAAUGGAACGGGGCUAAUGCUGUUGGUGGAUAUUAUAGAGGAGAAAGGAUCUCUCGGCUGCUGUUUAUUGUGGAUUAUUGGGGAUCUACC